AUGCUCGUCAAUGCGGGCUUCAUGAGUGGUGCAGGAGUGAAGGCGAUAGUGCCAGCGUUGAUAGCCAACACUGUAUGGGUUGGUGGGGAAUUUGGUUCAUUGUUCCUGACUUCACCGUGGUGGGCCAAGACUGCCCUCUACACGACGAGUUUGGGCUUUGGUGUGGUACCGCUCAUUUGGUAUAUCGGAUGUCGUUUGAGAGACAUUAGUAAAAGUCAUGGUGACAGAGAGCUCGCUGGGAGGUUCCGUCUGAUAGCCGACUUGACGGUGGUGACACUAUCGCUGUACCCAGUGGCGUGGCUGCUCACUGACGGUCUUGGUAUCGUGAAUGCUGGGACUACCUCGUAUGCUACUAUGAUGAGUGGAUUGGACCUCCUAUCGAAGUAUGGCGGUAGCAUAUUGGUAACGAAGGACCAUAGGGUGUUAGAAAGGGCCUAUACGAUAGCCAGGGGAGAGGAGACCAGCACGAAAGUGCGCAGGGCGGUGCCUGUGCAAGGGGAGUCAGCGGUGUAUGCGGAGAGGCCGCCGCUGCUAGGCGAAUUGGCGACUGCAGCUCUGCAGGGCGAUGAUAAUGAUGACGAUGAUGACGGCGCGGCGUCGCAGUCCUCGGAGAUUGCAUCGGAGUGA